AUGGGGAUAAUAGCAGACCGUGAUAUUAGCACACAAGAGACUUGUCAUAUGUUGCAGAAAUUGCCACUCAUUAUCUGUAGCCGACAGUUUAUAUCUCUUAAUGCUCCUCCACCUCGAGAUAUAGAUGAUAGUGACACUAAUGAUUCUCAACAUCAAGAAGACUCAAAUCUAUUUGAAUGGGAAUUCCUAUCUCAAAUGGGUCCAACAAAUAAAUUUACCAGAGAUGAACUACAAAUGUUAGGGCGACGUGACUAUGAUUUAAGCUACUUCUGGCCCACCAAUAUUCCAAAUCAGCAAUUACAGUCUACUGCUGUCCAAUUCAUAUGUGCAACAAAAUUACAAUUUCAACCUCCUACAAACCAAGCCUUGCCCAUAAUCAAUGACAAAACCCAUCUCUCAGCUCAGCAAAGCCUUGCAAUUCACAUAAUUCUACAUCACCAAUCUCAACAAAUUGCAGCCCAGCCUCUCCGAAUGAUUAUUCAAGGAUCGACAGGAAUAGACAAAUCAUUCUUGAUAGAUUGCAUUAGACAAAAGUUAAAUAUCUCUGGAAGCAAUAAGACAAACACAUUAUUAGUUCUUGCACCUAUAGGUGUUGCUGCUUAUAAUAUUCAAGGAACAACUAUUCAUGCAGGCCUCUGCAUUCCUAUAAAAGAAAUGCAUCCUUUGAUAGGGCAAGCAUUGUUCACAUUCCAAGAGUGUUUUAGGCAUGUUAAAUAUCUUCUAAUAGAUGAAAUGAGCUCCUUGGGUCCUAAAUUGCUAUUGAAGAUUGACAGUCGCCUCCGCCAAGCAUUCCCUAAUAAACAACAUGAAACCUUUGGUGGACUCUCCAUGAUCCUUGUAGGUGAUCUUGGACAGCUCCCACCUGUAAUGGACAAACCAGCUUAUGCUUCUCACUCUACAGCUCUCAACUUGUGGUGA